AUGCACUACCUUCCACUGCGGCACGUAACUCCCAAUUUAGAAGAUAAUGAUCCAAUACCACGACGAGCACAAACGAUGCAAACUGCUCAAAGUGAAUUGGGUAUCAUUUAUAUUACACUUUUAAGUAGCUUUUCGACUGUAAUAAUUGGUAAGCCUCGUCAUUUAGCAACAAAGACACUUCAAUUUAUGCGUGUCAAAGAAAUUGUAUUUGAAAAGGAUACCCUUAAUAUUUUAGAUUAUGUUGCAAUGCGAAAAAAAGACAAAAUCAAUUACCUUCUCAAAACUGGUCUGUCUCAAAAAACAGCAAAUAGGCGAUUUAGUUUCGAAAAAAGACAAGAGAUCAUGCAUUAUCUUGAAGACGUUCUCUUCUUAUAUCACUUUGAUACUAAAUUGGAAAUAGACGAGGCUGAUGGAAUCGAAGGUAAAUUGUCAAUUCACAAAAACAAUAAACUUAUUGUUGAUGAUCAAACAAUCAAAUUGCAAUCCACAAAAGCUCGAGAAUACAUUCUAAACAAACUGGGUAAUAAGGGAGAAGUUUCUUUGGAUUCAAAUUUGUAUCAUACUGUCUUUGGUAAAUAA